UGCCUACCGGUCCACAUAGUGACUGCGGUCUAGCGAGGGCAGGGGAAUGACUCUGGUGUCUGGAAAUGCCCCACUAAAUGCAAAUUAACUGCAAGGCAAAUAGUAUUCAGACCUGUAUUUAUAGUUUCAUAUUUGGACUGUAUGCACAUCUGUUUUCUCCAUCCACGUAAUUUUUCCCCCGGUGCGUCUGUUGGUGCACGAAGACUCUGCGCGGGCUCUUGGACUUGAAGGACGGAUCCAUCAAACUCGGAUUGUGAGUGUUCACAUAGCGGUACGCUGAAGGAAAACCUAAUCGGAAGUGGUAUUACAGAAUACUUGUGAAAUAUAGCCUACAUUAUAGAUAGCUCUCUGCCGUUCUGCAGCCUGGGAGGACCGCACGUUUGGGGGUGGGAAAUUGUGUGUUUCGCAGCGGAGAGGUUUGGGGGACUAUUUAUAACCAAGGAUCGGCAGUCUGGAAUGUUUGAUUUUCUCCUUCAUUAUAUGUCAACCUUUUUCUCCUAUCAGAGUAGAUUUCGCCACCGCCGCGGGUCUUAAUGUUAUUUUCAAAUUGACCAUCUGCACCUUUUUUUAUUCGGCACUGAAAAAAGCAGAUGAUAUGCAUAUGUUCUUUGGAUUAGACCCCGCUGUGGACAAUUUGGCUUUUGCGUGAAUGGGAUAUCUGUGUAUUAGGCAUAUUGUUCAACGACCUUUGUAUAAGGAGACGAGGCGUGUUAUUAGCAUUACCCUACACCGGCAUUGUGAUGGUGAGCUUUUAUGAUCGGAACUGACAGCGGAAUAGGAUCAUUUUGGAAACUGCUUGUGGGACACUUGGCCAGGUGAAAAAUGAAAGCUCCUAUCACACUCCAGAUUCUUCUCUAUGCUGCAGUGGUUCGAGGUUUCAAAACAGUGUCCAAGAGAGGCUCAGUGGACGACUGCACGGAUUGGUCAGUGGACUACUUGAAAUACAAAGUGCUUUUGGGGGAACCGGUGCGGAUUAAAUGUGCUUUAUUCUAUGGAUACAUCAGAGCGAACUACACCCACUCCCAGAGUGUGGGACUAAGCCUUAUGUGGUAUAAAAGUACAGGACACGGAGACUUUGAGGAGCCUAUCUCUUUCGACGGCAUCAGAAUGAACAAGGAGGAGGACGCUAUCUGGUUUAGACCCACCGAGCUCCAAGACGUUGGACACUAUUCCUGUGUAUUGAGGAAUUCCACAUAUUGUAUGAAAGUGUCCAUGUCACUGACAGUGGCGGAGAAUGACACAGACCUCUGCUACAACUCCAAAAUGAGGUACUUCGAGAAGGCAGAGUUAAGCAAAAGUAAAGAUAUCACCUGUCCGGACAUUGAGGAUUAUGUACAGCCGGGGAAGGAGCCAGAGAUAGUAUGGUACAAGGAAUGCAAGCCAAAGCAGUGGAGACAAAGCAUUGUAAGGAGAAGAGAUACUCUCUCUAUCCGGGAGGUGCGUGAAGAUGACAUUGGAAAUUACACGUGUGAAUUACAGUUUGGCAGCUUCGUGGUGAGAAGAACUACAGAACUAUCUGUUACAGCCCCUCUGACAGACAAGCCUCCAAAGAUCCUGUUCCCCUCAGAAAGCAAACUCAGCAUCCUGGAGCUGCAGUUAGGAAGUCAAGUCAACCUGACGUGCCGAGCGUUCUUCGGCUUCGCCGGGGAGGUCAGUCCGCUCAUCUACUGGAUGAAGGGAGAGAAGUUCAUCGAAGACCUGGACGUGGAGAGGUUCAGAGAGAGUGACAUCAAGCUUAUCCGGGAGCACCUGGGAGAGCAGGAGGUGUCGAUCACCUUGACCAUUGACUCGGUGGAAGAGGCUGAUCUGGGGAACUACUCCUGCUUCGUGGAGAAUGGCAACGGCAGACGUCAGGCCAACAUCCAGCUCACAAAGAGAGCAGAGCUUAUGUACACAGUGGAGCUGGCGGGAGGCUUGGGGGCCAUCUUGUUGUUGUUGAUCUGCCUCGUGACCCUCUACAAGUGCUACAAGAUGGAGCUCAUGCUCUUCUACAGGAACCAUUUUGGCAGCGAGGACAUCGACGGAGAUAAUAAGGACUAUGAUGCCUAUCUGUCAUACACCAAAGUGGACCCGGACCAGUGGAGUCAGGAGACGCGUGAGGAGGAACGCUUCGCCCUGGAGAUCCUACCCGACGUCCUGGAGAGGCAUUAUGGGUAUAAACUGUUCAUUCCAGACAGGGACUUGAUCCCAACAGGAAGUUUCACCAAUGAUCAUUUCCAGGACGAUUCAAGACUCCUUAGAGCCUAUAUCGAGGACGUGGCGCGCUGUGUGGACCAAUCCAAGCGCCUCAUCAUCGUCAUGACACCGAAUUAUGUGGUGCGGCGGGGUUGGAGCAUCUUCGAGCUGGAGACCCGCCUCCGGAACAUGCUGGUCACCGGGGAGAUCAAGGUGAUUCUGAUUGAGUGUGCUGAGCUGCAUGGCAUCAUGAACUACCAGGAAGUGGAAGCGCUCAAACACACCAUCAAGAUGCUGACCGUCAUCAAGUGGCGUGGCCCCAAGAGCAACAAGCUCAGCUCCAACUUCUGGAAACACCUGCAGUACGAGAUGCCCUUCAAGCACAUGGAGCCCAUCAUCAGCAAUGAGCAGGUGCUGGACGUCAGCGAGCAGGGCCCUUUCGGUGAGCUCCAGACCGUCUCCGCCAUCUCCAUGGCAGCCGCCACCUCCACCGCUAUGGCCACGGCGCACCCGGACUUGCGGAGCACCUUCCACAACUCCACUGUCAACUACCACACCCAGAUGAGGCAGCAGAAACAUUACUACCGCAGCUACGAGUACGACAUGGCCCCCGGCGGCAGCCUGCCUCCCCUCUCCACCCUGGGUAACCAGCACACCUACUGCAACAUCCCUAUGACUCUGAUCAAUGGACAGAGGCCCCACGGCCAGGCCAGGACACCCAGGGAACAGAGCAUCGAGGAGGCACACGCCAAUAACGCCAUGCUACCGCUGCUGCCACGCGAGACCAGUAUAUCCAGUGUCAUCUGGUGACAGCACCAGGCUGGCAUAGGGACAGAUGGGAUAUAUUGUAUGUAGAGGGGGAACUAGCUGGCAGAGUGUGUGGUGGUGGUGGCGGUGGAGGGGUUGUUGCUACGGAGACCGUUAGUGGACUAGAGACGGCUGCUGUGGAAUUUGCACCAGGAUUCACAGGGAAAUCACCAACACAGGGCAAGUUAUUCCGUCAGACUCAGACCACAUUUGUUUGACAAGGACUAAGGAGGAUUUGGCGUGAAAAGGAGAACCCGUUUGGUUUGAAAUGCCUGUACACACAGACACCAACGCCGAUGUUCAUUUACCCAGAAACUCAAGGAAUACAGGGUCUUGUACAUAUAUUUUAUAUUUCUUUAUAGCGUCAGUAUUUUUCUGUUGUUUUUCUUUGACCUUUCAUUCACCAGUUUUUAUCAUCAAAUUUCUACGUCUGUUUUGAUUUAUGGUUUGAAUUUGUUUGUAUUUGGGUAUGAAAGUGAAACGAUGGUCUGUGAGGUCUGUUGGCUGAACUGUUGUAAUUGUGAUCUGGACUUGUACUGGUACUGGUGGUUUGAACUCUUUGUUUUUGAACAGUUCUGGCAUUGUAGCGGGAAAGUUUUGAUGUUUCAUUCGAAAGAAAAUGUCCUUUUUUUGUUGUCCUGGUUACAUAGAUGGAAUCUUCUUUUAUUUGGGACUCUUAUUAAACAAAACUAGAUUAUGCAACAGAUGAAGAGGCCUGGGAGUAUGCAAGAUAUGAAUAGAUAAACCGACCCAUCAGGACACUAUAGAGACUGGUGCUAGACUUGGUGUGCAAGUGUUGCAGCUCUCUCACAAACAUAGUGACAUGCUCUUUUGAAAAGACAACCUUUCUGUUCAGCUUAACAGAGACAUAUAUCACCCUAAAAACAACUAUGUGUAUUAUUUUAUGAGAAAGUAUAUUUUUGUAACAAAAAUAUUUGCUUGGAAGUACAUACUUAUUCACAUUUCAUCCCACUAAUGACAGAAAUAGAGUAACAUGCAUUCUGUUUUCUACAUUAUUUUGCUAUGCAGUUCCCUAAUUGCAUAGCAGACAAAGUGGAUGUUUGAGUCCUUCACUAAAUGUCUUAUCUUAGUGGAAAGAUGAAAAAAUAUAAAAUCAUUUGAGAUGUUUUCAUCAAG